GUAAUCUCUUCGGUAAAUCAAGGCAAUCUAUCAAUUCUCCUUUUCGCUUGUGUGCCGAUAGACGUCCGUCUGUGUCUCUACUGGAAAAUAAAGUCGUCUGGGAGGCACCGGUUGCAGCCACAGGUCCAUGCGGCGGAGGAUACCGCUAUAAUGGGUGUUUUUCACCAAAGUGGACUUAAUAACAGUUUUCGUGCUCGCGGAUUCAGAUAGGAAAAAAAAACACAACACACCUUGACGCCCGUCAGCUAACGUUAGUUCUCGCCGCUGUCCUAUGGUGUUAUCCUGGUGAGAGUCUACAAACGAGGGAUAUACAAGGUAUCUUAACAGGGACAGAGUCCUAAACCGCAACCAUGUCUGGGGCGUCUGUAAAAGUCGCCGUUCGAGUUCGGCCCUUCAACUCCAGGGAGAUGAGCAAGGACUCAAAAUGUAUCAUUCAGAUGCAAGGCAACACUACAACUAUAGCCAACCCAAAAGCCCCAAAGGAACCAGCAAAGACCUUCAGUUUUGAUUACUCCUACUGGUCACACACUUCGCCCGACGACCCCAGCUUUGCAUCACAGAACCUUGUGUACAAUGAUAUUGGCAAGGAAAUGCUGGCCCAUGCUUUUGAGGGCUACAACGUGUGCAUCUUUGCUUAUGGCCAGACAGGUGCUGGCAAAUCCUAUACCAUGAUGGGCAAGCAGGAGGAGGGGCAAGAAGGAAUCAUUCCCAUGCUCUGUGAAGAUCUAUUUGAGAAAAUCAAUGAAGACAGCAACAAAGAGGAGCUCUCCUACUCAGUAGAGGUCAGUUACAUGGAGAUUUAUUGUGAGCGGGUGCGAGAUCUGCUCAACCCUAAAAACAAAGGAAACUUACGAGUGCGAGAACACCCGCUAAUGGGUCCCUAUGUGGAGGACCUGUCCAAGCUAGCUGUCACCUCCUACACAGACAUCGCUGACCUAAUGGACGCAGGCAACAAAGCUAGAACUGUAGCUGCCACCAACAUGAAUGAGACCAGCAGUAGGUCCCACGCUGUUUUUACCAUCGUCUUCACACAAAAGAAACAUGACAGCGAAACGGACCUCUCCACAGAAAAGGUCAGUAAAAUUAGCCUGGUAGACUUGGCAGGGAGUGAACGCGCAGAUUCCACUGGAGCUAAAGGUACCAGGCUAAAGGAGGGAGCAAACAUCAACAAAUCUCUCACCACAUUAGGAAAAGUUAUCUCUGCCUUGGCUGAAGUGGAUAACUGUACCAGCAAGAGCAAGAAGAAGAAGAAGACUGACUUCAUCCCAUACAGAGACUCUGUUCUGACAUGGCUGCUGAGGGAGAACCUCGGUGGAAACUCAAGAACAGCCAUGGUAGCUGCUCUCAGUCCUGCUGAUAUCAACUAUGAUGAAACUCUCAGCACACUCCGCUAUGCCGACCGAGCUAAGAACAUCAAAUGCAAUGCUGUCAUCAAUGAGGAUCCCAACAACAAGCUGGUGCGUGACCUGAAGGAUGAGGUAUCUCGACUGAAGGAGCUGCUCCGUGCCCAGGGCCUGGGAGACAUCCUGGACAUUGAUCCUAUGGGGGAUGAUUGCCCAGGAAGUGGAAUCAAAUACCUCAAAGACAUUCAGAACAAUAAGCAUAGAUACUUGAUAGCAUCAGAGAACCAACGCCCUGGCCAUUUCUCCACAGCCCCUAUUGGUUCCCUGACAGCCUCUCCGUCCUCUGGCUCGCUGUGCAGCCAGGUGGGCCUUCAGUCAGUCACCAGCAUCCAGGAGCGCAUCAUGUCAACCCCUGGAGGAGAGGAGGCUAUCGAAAGACUCAAGGAAUCAGAAAAGAUCAUUGCAGAGCUCAAUGAAACCUGGGAAGAGAAACUGCGAAAGACAGAGGCAAUCCGCAUGGAGAGGGAGGCCUUGCUUGCAGAGAUGGGUGUGGCAAUCCGUGAAGAUGGAGGCACUUUGGGGGUCUUCUCUCCUAAAAAGACUCCGCACCUGGUUAACCUGAAUGAGGAUCCUCUCAUGUCAGAGUGUCUGCUCUACUACAUCAAAGACGGAAUUACAAGGGUGGGUCAGGCUGACGCUGAAAGACGACAGGACAUUGUUUUAAGUGGCGCUCAUAUCAGGGAAGAGCACUGCAUCUUCCGCAGCGAGAGGAAUGCCAACGGAGAUGUUAUUGUCAUGCUGGUGCCUUGUGAGAGAUCAGAAACCUACGUCAACGGCAAGCGUGUGGAGGAUGCAAUCCAGCUUCGUUCAGGUAACCGCAUCAUAAUGGGAAAGAACCACGUGUUCCGGUUCAACCACCCAGAACAGGCCCGAGCUGAAAGGGAGAAGACGCCGUCUGCUGAAACCCCUGUGGAGCCGGUGGAUUGGACCUUUGCACAGAGAGAACUUCUGGAGAAGCAGGGCAUUGACAUGAAGCAGGAGAUGGAGAAACGGCUCACUGAGAUGGAAAUCUUGUACAAAAAAGAGAAGGAAGAAGCAGACCAACUACUGGAGCAACAGCGAUUGGUGUACGAGAGCAAAUUGCAGGAGCUUCAGAAACAGGUGGAGACUAUUUCUCUGGUAGCUGAGACGCCUGAUGAAGAAGAGUUGGAGGAGGAGGAGGAAGAGGAAGAGCCCAAACUACUGGGAAUGCCGUGGACUCAGCACGAGUUUGAGUUGGCUCAGUGGGCCUUCAGGAAGUGGAGGUACCAUCAGUUCACCUCCCUCCGUGACCAGCUCUGGGGAAAUGCCGUCUACCUGAAGGAGGCCAAUGCCAUCAGUGUGGAGCUUAAGAAGAAAGUCCAGUUCCAGUUUGUCCUGCUGACAGACACGCUUUACUCUCCGCUGCCUCCUGAACUACUGUCACCAGAACCGGAGAAAGAGCGCGACACCAGGCCUUUCCCCCGCACCGUGGUGGCCGUCGAGGUUCAGGACCUCAAGAAUGGGGCCACGCACUACUGGUCCCUGGAUAAACUUAAGCAGAGGCUGGACCAGAUGAGAGAGAUGUAUGACCGUGCUGGAGAAAUGGCUUCCGCUAACCAGGAGGAGGGGGAGGGCACACUGACAGGAAAUGACCCCUUCUACGACCGCUUCCAUUGGUUCAAACUUGUAGGGAGCACCCCCAUCUUCCACGGUUGCGUCAACGAGCGCCUUGCUGAUCGCACGCCCUCGCCUACCUUCUCCACCACGGACUCGGAGAUCACAGAGCUGGCCGACGAACGCCAGAGCGAGAUGUCCGACUUGAUCGACGACGAGGCGUUUGUGGACGACACCAGCUCGGAUGCCGGCACCGAGGAGGGCUCGGACAUCUUCAGCGACGGCCAGGACCCGUUUUAUGACCGCUCCCCCUGGUUCAUCCUGGUGGGAAGAGCCUUCGUGUACCUGAGCAACCUGCUAUACCCCGUGCCACUGGUGCACCGUGUUGCCAUAGUAACAGAGAAGGGCGAGGUGCGUGGUUUCCUGCGCGUGGGGGUUCAGGCUAUAGCUGCUGACGAGGAGGCUCCAGACUACGGGUCAGGAGUUAGACAGUCGGGAACUGCAAAGAUCUCCUUUGAUGAUGAAUACUUCAAAAAGAAUGACUUUCCCUCCACUGUUAUGACCCGCUCCGGCUUGUCCCUGGAAGAGCUGCGCAUCGUAGAGGGUCAGGGUCAGAGUUCAGAGGUCAUCACACCCUCAGAGGAGCUCAACAGAAUCAAUGACAUGGACCUCAAGCUGGGUAACGUCGCAGAGACCAAGCUGAGUCUUGGUGACGACCUGGCAGGUCAGCUGGAGGUUGGCAGCAUCUUUACCUUCCGUGUUACGGUGCUGCAGGCCAGUGGCAUCCCGCCGGAGUACGCAGAUAUCUUCUGCCAGUUCAAUUUCCUACAUCGUCAUGAUGAGGCUUUUUCCACUGAGCCUCUGAAAAACACUGGCAAAGGAUCUCCUCUGGGCUUCUACCACGUCCAGAACAUUUCCGUUGAGGUCACGGAGUCCUUCAUCGAGUACAUCAAGAGCAAGCCCAUCGUGUUUGAAGUGUUUGGCCACUACCAGCAACACCCGCUGCAUGUUCACGGCCAGGAACUGAUCAGUCCUCCAACACCGUCAAGGAAGUAUUAUCCAAUCCCCAUGCCUCUGUCUAAACCAGUUCCAGCCACCAAGCUGAACACUAUCACAAAGUCCAACCUGGGUCAGUGCGUCAGCAAGUACGACCUACUGGUCUGGUUUGAGAUCAGCGAGCUGGAGCCGACUGGAGAGUACAUCCCAGCUGUAGUGGAUCACAGCGGCGGUCUGCCUUGCCAUGGCACCUACCUCCUGCACCAGGGGAUCCAGCGGAGGAUCACGGUGACUCUCAUCCACGAGAAGGGAAGCGAGCUCCACUGGAAGGACGUUCGCGAGCUGGUCGUGGGUCGCAUCAGGAACAAGGCUGAGGUGGACGAUAGCGCUGCCGAUGCGGUCCUGUCCCUCAACAUAAUUUCUGCCAAGAACAUCAAGUCGUCCCACAACUCCAACAGGACUUUCUAUCGCUUUGAGGCGGUGUGGGACAGCUCUCUGCACAACUCCCUCCUGCUCAAUCGAGUCACUCCGUAUGGAGAGAAGAUCUACAUGACCCUGUCUGCAUAUCUGGAGCUGGACCAUUGCAUCCAACCUGCUAUUAUUACCAAAGACAUCUGCAUGGUCUUCUACUCCCGAGAUGCAAAGAUUUCCCCUCCCCGUUCCCUCAGGAACCUCUUUGGGAGUGGAUACUCCAAAACUCCAGACUGCAAUCGGGUCACUGGCAUCUACGAGCUGAGCUUGUGUAAGAUGUCCGACACUGGAAGCCCAGGGAUGCAGCGGAGGAGGAGGAAGGUCCUGGACACAUCGGUGGCUUACGUGCGUGGAGAGGAGAACCUGGCCGGCUGGAGGCCCAGAGGAGACAGUCUCAUCCUAGAGCACCAGUGGGAACUUGAGAAAAUGGAGCAGCUGCAUGAGGUGGAGAAAACCCGUCACCUGCUGCUGCUGAGGGAGAAGCUUGGCGAUGCAGCUCCAGUGGGACCAGCACCCACCACCAAGUCCCUGAGUGAGUCCCUGUCCCCCAGCAUGAGCUCGGACACCCUCUCCACAUCCACCUCCAUCUCCUCACAGAUCUCCAGCACCACCUUUGAGAGCGCCAUCACGCCCAGCGAGAGCAGCGGCUAUGACUCCGCUGACAUCGAGAGCCUGGUGGAUCGGGAGAAGGAGCUGGCUACUAAGUGCCUGCGCCUCCUCACACACACCUUCAACAGUGAAUAUAACCAGGUGGUCAACAGUAUCAGUGACUGCAAGCUAUCCGACAUCUCACCAAUGGGGCGUGACCCGUCCGUGACCAGCUUCAGCAGCGCCACCCUCACUCCCUCCUCCACCUGCCCUUCUCUGUCUGACUCCCGCUGUGGUUCCCUGGACCAGAAGACCCCAGAGAACAGCUCCCGUGCCUCCAGUCCCUCCUGCUCAGACUAUGAGAACUUCCCGAUGGUUCCCACUCUGGAGACUUCCUACCUAGCACGGGCUGGAAAGAACGAGUUCCUCAACUUGGUGCCUGAUAUUGAAGAAAUGCGGCCAGGAUCGGUAGUAUCCAAGAAAGGUUUCCUAAGUUUCAUGGAGCCACGUUCCAACUCAUGGGUGAAGCACUUUGUCGUUGUGCGCCGGCCCUACGUAUUUAUCUACAACAGUGACAAGGACCCUGUGGAGCGGGGCGUCCUCAAUCUCUCCACAGCGCAGGUGGAGUACAGUGAAGACCAGCAGGCCAUGCUCAAGACUCCGAACACAUUUGCUGUGUGCACAAAACAUCGAGGAAUCCUCCUGCAGGCCAACAACGAGAAAGACAUGAAUGACUGGCUGUAUGCGUUUAACCCUCUGCUAGCAGGAACGAUAAGAUCUAAGCUGGCGAGGAGGCGCAGCGGUCUGAUGAAGAACUGAGUCGAGCGGCACACAGGAACCCACGGCUUCCAGUCUUUGUGGAAAGCCUUUGAACAUACCAAGUGUUAACACUUAUUAAUCAUUGUGAUUCUUGACAGUUUUCUCUUGUAAGUAGACUUGUGGCUUAAGUCUCCUUUCAUGCGACUAAAAGUUUCAGUUCCAGAGGAAUUUGCCUCCCCUCCCUCUCCCUCCAACAACCCUCAGCCCAACUUCACAUCCCUCCUCUCUAUUCCUCUUCCCUUCCUCCUCCUCCUCCUCCUCAGCUUAUUGUGUUUUUGUUUUUAUGACAAUGUUUGAGUCUUUUUCUUCCGCUUUGUUGUCAUUCCCCUAACUCCCGAACUAGUAGCAUGUCGUAAUAGUCUACUUGUGUGUGCACGAUUCUUCAAAAACUGUUCUUUCAGGCCACUAAUUUUCAGUUUGCCAAUCAUCUGUAAAAAAUAUUGUCUCUAUCAGUGUUAUUUGUCUCCAGAGAAGAGUUUUAUUUUCUUUUUUAUAUGCCCGCAUGAUAACUGCAGCAGUCCUCAGGAGAAGACCAGAUUUGCUUACCGAAAAAAAAAAAAAAGAAGAAACAAAUCAGAUAAGCUACAGUUGAAAAACCAUGAAGGGAAAAUAGACAUCGGUUUAUGUUGUGCUACACAAAGCAAGGCUACUUCAAGAUCUAUUGCUGCUAAUGAAUUCAUAGGCUUUUCCUCUCUCAAUGAGAUUUGCAUCGGGCCGCUGCCUCCAGCUCCGCCUCCACAGCCUCCUAAACGGCCUUUAGAAACAAAAGUCUGAGAAAUUUGUCCCAGCUCAGCCAGACACAAGGGUUUACACUGUCAUCCGUGUGAUAUUAAGAUCCCACUCCUCAGCCCGUGUACAUACACCCACUCAAACUCCCCCAAUAGUGCCGUGAGUCAGUCAGUGAGUGAUCAUGCAUUUGUGUCAACGUCAAAAACAUGUUAACUGAAGAAACAUGCAAAAAUAAAUGAUUAUUUCAUAUCUCAGCAGUGAAAAACAUGACGAUGGAUUAUCCCUACAGGAGUGGAUAAUUUCUGUGCUAUUUCAUCUCAAGAAAAACGAUGAUGAGGAGGAAAACAGACACGAUUUGUACAAGGUCUGUUGUGGGAUCAGUGUAGUAGUUAGCUCUCAUUUAAGACAUUCCUCUCAGCUCUACCGCAGUUUUUCCUCGAACAAAAGUGUUGAGCCUCAGACCUCAACAUUCGCUGAUAUUUGUUUAUAAAUCACAUACGUGUGAUGUUGAAGAAAAAUAGAACAAAAAGAUGGUGAAAAGUGAGGAAGGAGAAGGAAAGAGAAUGAAGUUGCAUCGCUUUAGCCUUGACGCCAGUAGUUAAUGGAUGACGCUGCUAGCACAUAGCCUGCAGGACAGAUGAUGGUCUACCACAUGACUCCUCCUCAGUGAAGUACUUACUGUUCAGCAGCACCGCAGGUUAACACGUGUUCAUUUUCUAUUUAAAUUCAAACCUCUUAACUCAUCUCUCACUGGGUUGACUUUUCUUUUUAUUAUUAUUAACAUUGUUGAU